UUCAGGUUACCUUCAUUCGUCGUGCAAACAACGGUGACAACGUUUGAGUCGCAGGUCGCAGCGUGUAAAACAGACCAACAGCUAAUUUUCAACAUGAACCGCAUCAUCAUCGCUCUCGCCGCCGUGCUCGCGUGCGCCUCGGCCCAGGUCUUCCUGAACCAACCGAUCCCACUCGCGCUGCACCAACCGGCUCAGGUUCGAGAGGCUUCGCUCGCCCAUCCGGCGGUGGUCGAAAAUGCGCUGCACGAGGCACAGUACCCGGAUGAGUUCCGCAACAACUUCUACAAGAACCCGCACAUCGCUGAUGCGCUCGCCAAGCAAUCGUGGUUCGGUGACAAGGAGAUGCCCGUCUUCGAGCGCGAAGCCGAUAAGAUCCCGCGCGAUCGCGUCUUGAAGAUCUUCAAGAACGCUGGGUUCGUUCGCCGGCGCUAGGGCGUGAUCGAGCGAUGCGACAGUGCGAUCAGUUCAAUGAUCAGAGGCUCAGCCUAUCCAGCUGGACCCACCCGGAAGCGAACUAGGACAUGGAUGAGGAUGUAUGGUUCGAUG